CGCCUGCAUUGUUGGGUAACCUACCCACCUUGGAUUUCAGUGACAAGACAAUAGGACGAGUCCUUUGGUUUGGUGAUAUCUUGUUUGAUGUGUGAAAAACGGAUUGUUCUAGCCAAUUGGAUAUGUUAUUGAUUGGCCUCCGCCACUGAGUCAAGCAAGCAAGAAAACAGACGGACCACGACGGCCUACAACAUACAAGUCUUCACAAUGCCAGACAUCACAUCUCUCGACAGCGAGACUGUCAAGAUUGACCCUAACCUACAGGACCAGGAAGACACCCCCGACACAAUCCCAGGUCACCCCCUAGGAGUCAAACCCAGUGGCAAUGCAUUACUUGCCGCUGAAAAUCUCCGGAAUGCCAUCGGGACAUUCAGCAUCCUCCCGGACGAACUUAUCUUGAUACUAUUGGAAUUCCUCGAUGGUCCGAGUCUGUUACGCAUCGGCCGGACAUGUAAGGCAUUUUACGCAUUCACUCGAGCGGAAGAAUUAUGGAAGGGACUCUUCUCCUGGUCUCCUCCUACUUCAUUCACCUGGAGAAAAACAUGGCGCGCAACAUAUCUUAACCUCCCACUCUCCCAAAUCCCCAACCUAGACUGUUCUCAUUUAUACUCUGACGCCCUCCACCGACCCUUUUACUGCGCGCACAUCUCGCUAGACCCCUUCGCCUGUAAUAUUCCUGCCAGAAACCAGAUCGCGCGUCUACCGGACCUUACACCUGAAGAGUUCCAUAAAGAGUGGACGGACAGGCCGUUUAUCCUGACGGAGCCCGUGAAGCAAUGGCCGGCAUAUCAGCAAUGGACGACGGACUCGUUACUCGAGAAGUACGGGGAUACGGUAUUCCGCGCGGAAGCUGUUGACUGGCCAUUUAAGACGUACGUGGAUUACAUGCGGAAUAACUCGGACGAAAGACCGCUGUAUCUAUUCGACCGGGCGUUCGUGUCCAAGAUGGGACUGAAGAAUGGACACAUAAAUCAAGAACCUGAGACGACAUACUGGACGCCACCUUGCUUCGGAGAAGACUUCUUCUCAGUCCUCGAAAAUGACCGUCCCGAUAGACAGUGGUUGAUCAUUGGCCCCGAACGCUCUGGAAGUAGCUUCCACAAAGACCCCAACGCCACCAGUGCCUGGAACGCUGUUGUCCGCGGCUCCAAGUACUGGAUCAUGUUUCCCUCUUCGUCGAAACUGCCCCCUCCACCGGGUGUUUAUGUUUCCGAGGACCAGAGUGAAGUGACAUCUCCACUCAGUAUCGCGGAGUGGCUACUCACCUUCCAUGCUGAGGCACGGAGGACAGCAGGUUGCAUUGAGGGGAUUUGCGGUGAGGGAGAAAUCCUGCAUGUCCCGUCAGGAUGGUGGCAUCUCGUGGUGAACUUGGAACCAGCUAUCGCUAUCACGCAAAAUUUCAUUCCCCGUGGACAUUUGAGUGCGGCGCUCGACUUUUUGUAUAACAAGGCAGACCAGGUCUCCGGAUUCCGAAAAGAUGUCACAGACCCCUACGAACGGUUUGUAGCAAGGAUGCAAGAAAUACACCCCGAUUUACUGGAGCAGGCAUGGGAAGAACUGAACAAGAAAAACGAAGGCAAGAAGCGCAAGUGGGAUGAGAUUGUCCACGGCAAGACGGAAGAUGAGGGACCUGAAGAGGCAGAAGGAGGUGGUUUCAGCUUUGGAUUCGGUGAUGAUAGCGAUGUGGAGGUUCCUUGAGCAUUAUCUGAAUGUCGAAUUGUUGAAACUGCGACGUUAUGCUAUGGACCCUUCAAACGAAACAAUGAUACCCGACUUGACUACAUCGUCCAACAUACCGGUCUCCCACGGGACAACGAUCAAUGACAAGCAACAGAUUUAGUAGCUGACUCGUCCUGCCCAAACGCCAAAUACCCCACAAAAGCACCCACCGCAACCGCCAACAUAACCAACCCGUUAUACGUCAUGAACAACAGCCUACCACGUUAACUUCACCAAACCAGUGCACCAAGGCUAUAGGGAAAGAAACUCACAUGAUAAAAAAGCUAUAAAACACCUGCACCGCAUACAACGCAGCCAGCGCAAUCUUCCCCCUCCUCUCCGCAACCCGUCUCGGAUCCCUGC